AUGGAUGAACAACGAACAAGUCUGGAAAUGUAUAAUAAUGCCUUGGGACUUGGGACACACGAUGGUGUUCAAGCAGUUGGAACCGACGAGCUUGUGAAUGAACAGUUAAGACGAGCGAGAUCGGGAGAAAGAGACGAUGUUGCUCAGUUCGGAGCAGUUGGCCAAGACGUGUAUCAGAGAGAUAAACGGGAAAGAAGGCCUAAUAUUCGUUUAGACCAAGACGCCGUGAACGCCGAACGAAUGUUAAAGUUACAGAGGUCAAGAAGUGGACAUCAAGGGCACUUAACAGAGCUGAAUAAUAAGAUAAGUGUUCUUUUAUAUGAUACUUAUAAUGUUGACUCUGUAAAGGAACUUUUAGAGCUAUUUAAUAGACAGUGGGAACGGUUUAAUCUAGUACAUAAUGAAGUUUUGUUGUUUGCCGAUAAUGACCGUUCAACCGUAGCGAGUGCUAUGCAUGCAUACAACGAGCAGUUCGCUAGAAAGACAGAGCUAUUAAACAGAGUUAUUCAGUAUUUACAAUCUCACGAUAGGGAAAAAACUAUACCAGACGGACUUGAGACUAGAAGUAAUGCUAGUUUAAGCUCAUCUAAUUCGUUGUCGUCUGCAAAAUCAAUAGCAAGUUCGAAAUCGCGUGAGAUGCGAUUAAAGCGAGAAAAAGCUGAGCUAUAUCUGAAACAGCUAUGCGAUCGACAAAGUGUUGAGAAAGACGUCGAACGUCGUAAGUUAGAAAUGCGUCAAGCUAUAGAGCAGCAGAAGUUAGAAGAUAAAAUUGAGAUUGCUAAGCUAGAAGAACGGUAUGCUGUCGAAGAAGAACGAAGAUUGUAUGCAGAUGAGAGAUUAUACGAGCAUGCAGAUUUUAAUGAACGCACUGAAGCGCCUAAAUUUGAAUAUCGUUACGCUUCGCCGGUCAAAUUUACGUCAUCGGGAACAAAAGGUCAGUUCCACUUCGACGAGCCAAAGCAAAAUGCUAAAACUAAUCCCGUAAUUGACAUUAGCGAUAGAUAUACGGGUUCGAAUACAAUACAACAACUGGCCGAAGCGCUUGCUAAUCUAUCACAUACACCACCAAUAGAAAUAACGAAGUUUACGGGAGACCCGAAAGAUUAUCUAAGAUUCGUUACUCGGUUUCGCGAUCAAGUGCUUUCUCAGCCAAUUCAAGAGAGCAAGAAGCUUAGGCGUUUAAUGCAAUAUUUAGAUGGUAAAGCGAAAGAGGCUGUCGAGAGGUAUGAAGGAAUGGGAUCUGGCGCCUUGUUAGAAGCCUUGAGUGUCUUGAAAACUCGUUUUGGGCAACCUUACAUGAUUGUUGACGCAUUUAUCGUGUCAAUUGUGAAAGGCCCAAGCGUUAUGAACGGAGAUGGAAAAAGCCUUCAGAAGUUAGCUGAUAAAUGUCAGUCUGUCUUAAAGACCCUCGAAUCGAUGAAAAGUCUUAAUGAAAUCAACACUGAUCAUAUGCGAAAGAUUGUGUCUCGUUUACCGUACUACAAUCAAUCUAGAUGGAAAGAUCGUGCCAAUGUCAUAUUAAGAGAAAGAGGUUCGCCACCGAAUUUCCGAGACUUGACAGAAUUCCUUCAAAAGAGAGCACAAUCCGAGAAUAACCCACUAUAUGGGAACUUAAAAGAUUCGGAAAAAGAUAAUGCCAAUCGCAUGAAGAAAAGAGAAGAGCCCAUUUCAAGUUUCGCAACCCAGUAUGGAUUCAAACGACCUGGUUCUGCAUACGAAAAAAGAGCUCUAGUAUGUCAUGUUUGUCGAGGCGAUCAUAACCUUCAGGUGUGCAAGAAAUUCCUCAAUAUGCCAACGGUCGAGAGAAGGAAAGUUGUGCUCGAGUCCAAGUUAUGUUUCCAAUGUCUUUCAACCGGACAUUAUAAGAGAUUUUGCAAGGAAAGCAGAUGUCAAGUCGAAAGCUGUAACAGAAGACACCAUGAACUGUUGCAUUUGGCUAGUAUAAAGGUAGAAAAAUCCAAAGUCGAUGAAGUGACAAAGCGCGAUGCCACCGUUCAGACGAACGCUGCGAAUGUCGUUCCACAAGUAAGUCGAGGCACGACAGCGCUUCCAGUCGUGGCAGUUAAGGUUCAUGGUGCUGAUGGUCGAGAGAUAACUACCUACGCCCUGUUAGAUCAAGCAAGCGAAGCCUCGUUUAUCCAUACCAGCUUAGCAAAGAAACUUAAUUUGAAGGGUUCGAGAGGUACACUGUCGGUGAAGUCGUUGACUGGAACAAUCUCAAUUGAAACAGAAAAAGUUAAUGUCGUCUUGGAAUCAGCAAACCAAGCUAGCCACGGUUCGAGAUUACUAGCCAGGGACGUAAUCGUUACGGACAGUUUAGACGUGCAGCUGAAAGUCGCACCGACAAGGGAUGACGUACGAGCAUGGAAACACCUGUCAGACAUUGACUUCCCAGAAGUUGAAUUGGAGGACAUUCUCGUUCUGAUCGGUGCUGAUAAUCCCGAGGUUUUCAUAACUCACGAAAUCAGAGCAGGUGGCGCGGAGGAGCCUUGGGGAUUCAAAUACAAGUUGGGAUGGGCCUUGAUGGGACCAACAAAUCGGCCUCAGACAAGUCAAGUUGACGUCCAUCUUCUGCAGCGUACAAACGCCGAUAUGGAAGACAUAGCUUUUAAGAACGAAGUGAAUCGGUUUUUCUAUGAAGAUGGUCUUGGUGUGGUAACGAGUAUCAAGAAGGCAAUGUCCGUCGAAGAUAAGAAAGCAGAAAAGAUGAUGGAAGAAUCAGCAGUGAUUGUUGAUGGACACUAUGAAAUUGGUCUGUUGUGGAAAACUGAGGAUUCUCAACUACCAAACAACCGAGAUGUUGCGCUCAAGCGUUUUCGACACCUCCAAAAUCGCCUCAAGAAAGACAAAGAGUUACAUACGAAAUAUCAAACCAAAAUAGAAGAAUACGUUGAGAAAGGCUACGCAAGCAAAUUACAACCUGAAGAAACAAACGUUUCCAAGAGAACUUGGUAUCUCCCUCACCACCCCGUUUUUCACCCUGCAAAACCCGGCAAAAUCCGCAUAGUAUAUGAUGCAGCAGCUAAAUGCAAAGGAACAUCAUUAAAUGACGAACUUCUCCAUGGGCCUAACUUGGCUAACGAGAUAAUCGAAGUGCUAUUGAGGUUUCGCAAAGAAGAAGUAGCUAUUUCAGCUGACAUCCAAGAAAUGUUUCACCAGGUGAAAGUCCCCAAAGAAGAUCGAGAAUCGUUGAGGUUCCUUUGGUCCUCAAACAACUUAGAUGAUCCAGAAGAAUACCAUAUGAAUGUUCAUAUGUUCGGAGCUAAAGAUUCCCCGUCUAUUGCCAACUACGCAUUGAAGAAAACGGCGAGAGAUAACGCUUGUGACUUUAGUGAAGCAGCAGUGAAUGCCGUGGGAAAAGAUUUCUACGUGGACGAUUUAUUGAAAUCACUUCCCAACGUUAAAGAUGCGAAGCAACUCGCCAGCGACUUAAUGAAACUUCUCAGAAGAGGAGGAUUCCGUUUAACUAAAUGGAUAAGUUCAAGCAAGGAGGUCCUAGCUUCUAUCCCGGAGUCAGAGCGAGCAAAUCCAAAGUUGAAUUUAGACCUAGAUAACUUACCGAUAUUACGAGCUCUCGGACUUCAGUGGAACGUUGAAAAAGACGCAUUUGAAUUCAAAGUGAUCGACGUAGAUAAGCCAGAGACGAAGAGAGGAAUCUUGUCGACCGUCGCUUCAUUGUAUGAUCCGAUGGGAUUCGCCGCGCCAGUAACAUUAUUAGCUAAGUCACUACUACAGAAACUUUGGCAAAAGAAAGUUGAUUGGGACGAGCAACUUGCUGAAGCCGAAUUAGGAGACUGGAGACGGUGGAAGAAUGAUCUUUCAGCCCUUUCGAAAAUCAAGAUUCCACGUUGUUACAAGACCACCGAAGCUGCUACCAACAAGGUUAAUGAUUGUGAUAUGACAAAGUGCGUCAAGGAAGUCCAACUUCACAACUUUUCUGACGCCAGUGAAAUUGGAUACGGAUCUGCAUCGUAUCUUCGAACUGAGUUUAUCGAUGGAAGAAUAACGUGUUCACUUGUAUUUGGUAAAUCUCGCACCGCACCAUUGCGAAAGAUAUCCAUACCACGCCUAGAGUUACAAGCUGCGGUAUUAUCGGUUCGAAUCAGCGAGAUAAUACAGCGUGAAAUUGAAAUAACAUUCAGCAAUCAUUCAGUAUCAGAGCUGUUAGCAAGACACGUCCAUUGUAGUAAUGCCCAUAUUGGUCAAGAGCAUACCUUGAAUAUAUUACGCCAAAGAGUUUGGAUCUGUAAUGCUCGUUCCCUGGUUCGGAAGAUUAUCAACAAAUGUUUUGUCUGUAGAAAGGGACACGCUCCAAAGCUCCAACAACAAAUGGCACCUUUACCACCAUGUCGGGUGAUGGCGUACGAACCACCGUUCACUUACGUGGGAAUUGACAUGUUUGGACCCUUGUUAAUAAGACAAGGUCGAUCUACGCCUAAAAGAUGGGGAUGCAUUUUUACGUGUAUGACCACUCGUGCAAUACACCUGGAAGUCGCACCGUCACUAGAAACUGACGAUUUCAUUAAUGUUUUGCGACAAUUUAUCGCCCGACGUGGAACCCCGAAAGAAAUACGAACGGACUGUGGCACGAACUUCCGUGGGGCUGAUAAAGAGUUAAAAAGUGCAACGAAAGCUUGGAGUGAAGAUCGUCUUGAAGAUCAAUUAUCCCAGCGAGGAAUUGACUGGAUAUUUCACCCACCGAAUGCACCGCAUUUCUCUGGCGUGUGGGAAAGGCUAAUAAGGGAGACAAAACGUGCAUUGAAAGCAAUCUUAAAGGGGGCCUUGGUAACAGAACAUGUACUGCGAACAGUUUUCUGUGAGGUAGAGUCGAUACUUAAUUCACGUCCUCUAACGAGAUCAAGCGAGGAUGCAGCUGAUGCUACCGCCAUUACGCCUGCCCAUUUUUUGCUGCAGAGACCAGCAGUUGUUGUUCCCAUUGGAGAUUUUAACGAAGACUCGAUUAUUGGUAGAAGAAAGUGGAAGCAAGCUCAAAUCCUUUCAAACCACUUCUGGACUAGAUGGGUACGAGAAUACCUGACUACUUUGCAUUUACGUCAGAAAUGGUUAAAGCCUCAACGCGAUGUUCGUGUUGGAGAUUUGGUCCUGGUACAUGAAAAAAAGAUACCAAGAGGAUUGUGGCCUAUUGCGAUAGUAAGAAGAGUUUUUCCUGGACGAGACAAUCGUAUAAGAACUGUAGAGAUUAAAACAAAGGAUACUGUCUUAACCCGACCAAUUGUGAACAUUAGUCUCUUGGAACAGUGUGAUAAUUAA